AAUCUUGCCGUUCAAAAAGAGAGAGAAAAAAACUAUCUCUGUAAUCUUUCAUUUCUUGAAGCUCUCACCAAAAAUGUCUAUAGAGAAACAAAAAAGCUUCUCUUACAAGCCCACAAAAUUCUUCAUUUUUUCAUUAACAAUUUCACUGUCAAUAAUUUUUCUAACAGUUUUUUCCAUCUGGGUAUUCAAGUCUGACCCAUUUAUCAUAAAUCAAGACACCCGUUUUCAGUUCACUCAAAUUGAAUCCACCUCUCUUAGUUUUGUACAAAAAGUCAACAUAAGUCAAACCCAUUUUACCAAAUCCUUAAAUUCAUCAAAAAGGCACAAACUUUCUUAUGAUUUUGAAAAAAAGAUUCAAAAUCUUGAUUCAAAAAAUGUUGAUGUUGUAAAAGGCACAAGCUUUUUGGUUCUUGAUGUUAAUAAUAGUUCAGUUGCAAAUUAUGUGAAUAAAUCUGAUUUAAAGAAAACAAAUGGAAAAAAAGUUGGUGAAAAGGUGUGUGAUGUGACAAAAGGGGAAUGGAUAUAUGAUGAUAGCUAUCCUUUGUAUACUGCUUUUUCAUGUCCUUUUAUAGAUGAAGGUUUUAAUUGUGAAGCUAAUGGUAGAUUGGAUAAAGAUUAUAUGAAGUGGAGGUGGAAGCCUCAUGAUUGUGACAUCCCUAGAUUUAAUGCCACAAGCAUGUUGGAAUUGAUUAGAGGAAAGAGACUAGUAUUUGUUGGUGAUUCAAUCAAUAGGAAUCAAUGGGAGUCCAUGCUAUGUUUGUUAAUGAGUGGCAUUAAAGAUCCAAAGAGGGUCUAUGAGACACAUGGCCGGCGUAUCACUAAAGAGAAGGGAAACUAUUGCUUCAAAUUUUUGGAUUAUAAGUGUACAGUUGAGUUUUACGUGUCCCAUUUUUUGGUUCAUGAGGGCAAGGCAAGAGUGGGUAGGAAACGCUUGCAGACCUUGAGAAUUGAUACUGUCGACAGGGGUUCAUCUAGAUGGAGAGGAGCUGAUGUUUUAAUCUUUAACACCGCACAUUGGUGGAGCCAUUACAAAACAAAAUCUGGGUUGAAUUACUAUCAGGAAGGAAAUAAUGUUUUGCCUCAUCUUGAAGCAUCAAUGGCUUUCAAGAAAUCUAUGCUAACAUGGGCAUCAUGGGUCGAUAAGUACAUUAAUCCAAGAAAAACGCAAGUUGUGUUUAGAAGCUCCGCUCCAUCCCAUUUCCGAGGAGGUGAGUGGAACGCUGGUGGUCACUGCAAAGAAGCUUCCAGACCUCUCAACCAAACGGCAACAAUCAAUAACUAUCCCGAAAAAAAUCUCAUUGUUGAAGAAAUCAUUAAGCAAAUGAGAACUCCUGUCAAGUUAUUAAAUAUAACUUCUUUAUCAGAAUACAGAAUUGAUGGUCACCCAUCAAUUUAUGGAAGAAAAGGCAGUAGUGCUUUGAAAGGUGAAGAUUGCAGCCAUUGGUGCCUACCUGGAGUUCCAGAUAUCUGGAAUCAGCUCUUGUAUAUUCAUCUGCAGUGUAAAGCUGGAAACAGGUUCUGGCUUUUUUGAGCAAGCACGAAGAGGAACAGAAGGGCCUUCUUCUGGAUCAUUGGGUUCUGGCUUUUUCGAGUGAGCGCUAGGAGGAACGGAAGGGCCUUUAUCGGCAUCAUUGAGGUUGCGAGCCCAUAAGGGUGCUUGUUCAGGUUGGUAACGGUAGUCAUAGAAGAGCUCUGAACCAGCUUGUAUACGCUGUUUGGCAAAUAUGCCAACGUGAUGAUCACCUCUCACCUUGAUUAUCUGCACAUACCGACUUUUUCAGAUACCAAAUAGAUUGGAGCUGGGUGUAUUAUGACCAAAGAAAGAACAUGUAUACCUUGGGUUCACAGUUAGGUUUUGCUGAGUGGUUGGCAAAUUUUAGUUUGUUUCCUAUGCGACUAGCGUCAAUGACAUACUGCAUCACAUAAACAAGUUACUGUGAGAUUCAAAUCUUAAGUUUAGUAACUCGUGAACUUCCAAUAGGAAAUGUAGGCAGCAAACAGAACCUUCAAUAUAUGUGUAUCGACUAAUAAGGCUAUUGCAAACAGAACCAAAUGAACAAACAAAUAAAAUUGCUCGCCUCAUCAUUCAAGUUGAAUAGGAAAGAUGAGUUGUUGCGAUCAUAUUGUUUGCCUCGCCAAUCUGCUUCUUCAUGCGAGAUGAGUUCGCCAGUAUACUCUCCCAGAUAGUCAUCUUUCUCGACGUUGUCCUAUAGACAAGAAAUUGUUAAAACUUUUGUUUAAAGAGAUCAAGAUAAACUCAACAAGAUAGAAAAAGAGAGGCUCGUAUUUGUAGUACCCAUGUAAAAGCUCCCCAACCAGCAACACUAGAUAUUCCCAGUAGAAUCUGAGUACGACAAAAUACAUCAUGAUGGAACUUUCUAUAAUAUAGUGUUAUAAAGGGAAAAUAGGAAUGUUGAGGAAAUAGAGUGUUGAUAUUCCUCACUCUUUUAUGUUGUCCUUGAAGAAUCCUCAUGUUACCACAUUGAUCUUCUUCUUCACCACUACCAAAACUGAAAGCAUAUGUAGAUGUAUAUG